AUGAAUACAAGUAUGGAAGCAGAGACAUCCCCACACACUAACAAUAACAUGGUGGCAGAUCCAGUGUUAGAGAUUGUAUCACUUCAAGAACAGAUACAAUACAAGAUACAAUUGUUGCUCCAUGUAAAUAGCAUAUUAUUAGCCAGGUUAUAUUCAUUGCAAAAUAAACAACAACAACAAUCAAAUGGUUCGAUUUCUGAUACAGUAGAACAACCCGCAUUUCUAGCUGAACUAAAUAGUCAAUAUUUGAAAAGAGUCCAUGCAAAUUUACAAUGCAUCAGCUUUUUACAUCAGGGGAAGUAUGGCAGUAGACCAAACAUCAUAACUCCACCAGAUGUAGGAUUGGGUAACAAUAAUGGGAAACAGCAGGAUGCCUUGAAUAAAUUAUAUUUACUAAUGAGUAGAAUGUUUGAGUUAUGGCCCUAA